AUGCGGUCUAGUCCGAUGGGCUUGUACUGCUUCUACAAUGGAUCCGGCGACAAUGGUGAUGCUGUCACCUGUUCCGAGGCGCAUGGCUAUGCCAUGUUGAUUGCUGUCUUGCAUGGAAAUCAAGCGGACUUUGAUGGUCUCUUGCAAUUCUUCCUGAACUUCCGGAACGAGAGAGGAUUGAUGAAAUGGCAAGUGCGCAUGAACAGCCACAGUGGACAGCUGUAUGUGGCUGAAGAUGCCGAGGAUUGUGCGACCGAUGGAGACAUUGACAUUGCUACGGCAUUGUUCCUUGCGCACCGCAACUGGCCUCAUGGAUCUCAGAUGUUCCCUGCUGGUGCCUACCAGUACGAGGCAGCGAACUUAAGUGAUGCGCUUUUGGCCCAUUGCAUCCAUCCACACUUGAACGUACCCUUGCUUGGUGAUUGGUGCAAUAUGGACGACAAGGACAAUUGCCGCCUGUACGAUUCCACACGCAGCUCCGACUUUAUUCUCUCGUCUUUCUUGCUAUUCCAUUUCAAGCAUCCGAACCCACAGUCGCGCGCGCGUUGGCAGCAGGUGCUUGAGUCGACCUUGGAAGUGGCCCUUUCGCAGCUGAACAUCAACAAGUCAGGUUUGAUUGCUGACUUUUUGGUAUAUGACAAGCGUCAUGGAUGGCAUCCAGCCAAAGGCAAGCAUCUGGAGUCCAAGCAUGAUGGAGAUAUGAGCUGGAAUGCCUGCCGUACACCUUGGCGCCUAGCACACUACUAUGCCGUAACAGGAGACCAGCGCAUCCUUCCACUUCUUCAGGCCAUGAUGAACACGCUCUCUCACUGCCAAUUCCCUAGCAUUCCUGCUGGCUUGCGUCUGCGUGAUGGCAAAGGUCUUGUCGAUUAUUCGUCGCGUGCCUUUAUUGCACCGGCUGGCUAUCUUGCCUACGUACUUGGCAACAGCCAGGGCCAUAUGGCUGCUGUGCGUGCUUUGGACGAUGAAGAGCCUGAGUACUUUGGCGACUCUAUUGACCUUGUCAUUGCCGAGGAGGCUAUGGCCGCCCCCUCUUGGCUUUCAUAG